AUUGACCUGAAAAUUACAAAAGUUCAAAGUCCUCCAAAAAAAUUGUUUUGGAUCUGAACUUUUUACAACUGUUUUCCACAAUUCAGAGACCUGACAGUGCUCAGGUGUGACUUAUAACUGUUACAGCAUGGCCAGUGAUGACGCUUUGAGAGAAGGUGUUAGAGCAAAUUUAGCAGCAUGGGCAAAGAAGCUGGAUUGUGGGGGAGACUUGGAAAAACAAAACCACUUCAAGAAACUAUUCAUCAAAAGAUUACAAAAUUCUCCUGUUGCCAUAGAAACAGACAAGGCUAAUGAACAACAUUAUGAAGUUCCAACAGAAUUUUUCAAAACAGUUCUUGGAAAGCGAUUGAAGUACAGUUGCUGCUACUGGACAGAAUUGACUAAAACUUUGGAGGAAGCUGAAGUAGAAUCUUUGAAGAUUUAUUGUGAAUCGGCUAAAAUAACAGACGGUUUGUCAGUAUUGGAUUUGGGAUGUGGAUGGGGGUCUUUAGGACUAUACAUAUUACAGACGUACCCCCACUGUCAGGUCACAUGUGUAUCUAAUUCUAACACACAGAGACGACACAUUGAGUCGGAGGCCCUGAAGAUGGGCGUGGCUGACAGAUUAGACUGUAUAACCGCUGAUGCCAACUUCUUUUCUACAAACAAAAGAUUUGACAGAAUCAUGUCAAUAGAAAUGUUUGAGCAUAUGAAAAAUUAUGAAAUUCUAAUGCAGCGAGUAUCAUCAUGGCUGAAACCAUCUGGUUACCUGUUUAUUCAAGUCUUGUGUCACAGACAACAUGCUUAUGCGUUUGAUACCAAACCGGGAUCAGAUACAGAAUGGAUGGCUAAAAACUUUUUUACCGGUGGAACUAUGCCCUCCGCAGAUUUGUUUCUGUAUUUCCAGAAAGAUGUUUAUGUGGUAGACCAUUGGAUUUGGAAUGGGCAAAACUACAGCAAAACAUUGGAGGCGUGGCUUGAGAAGACUGACCUUAAUAUUGAAAAGGUCAAAGAUAUAUUUAGAAACAAUUAUGGUGAUGAAGCAGACAAACAGUUAUUUAAUUGGAGAUUAUUUUUCAUAUUUUGUUCGGAAGUUUUUGGUUUUAAAGGUGGCAACGAAUGGCCAGUAGCUUUAUAUUUGUUUAAAAAACAUCUAAGUAGCUCUUUAUGAUGUGUUUAUGACUUUUGGGUUUAAAGACGACCAAAAAUGGCUUGUAGCUUUAUAUUUAACCGGUAUUUAAAAUCUUUAGUUUAUCUGUGUUGACAUGAAUUAUCAUUGAUAUGUCAUAAUUAUAAAUUGACUGGUUACUAAACUUUAAAGUUUUAGUAAUACCAAGGAUUUUGUUCUCAGGGAAUAGAUUAUCUAAGCCCAGAGACGAAUUUAGGGGGGCAUCUAAAACAUCUAAGUAGUUCUUCAUGAUGUGUUUAUGACCUGUUGUGUAUUAACUAAUUAAUAUUUUUAUAUAUUUUGUCUACAAGUUUUGGGGUUUAAUGGCAGCCAAAAAUGGUCAGUAGAUUAAUAUUUAUUAAAAAAAUACAGAUAAAGGAUAGCUUUGAUAUUCAUCAAUCGGUUGUUUUCUAUGUUCAAGUUAUUUACCUUCACAAAAAUAAAUGUAAUAUAUGAAAAAUUUUACUAAUCAUAUAUGUAUGCACAAUGUGUGACCCUCUAGAAACAGCUGAUGUUAAUGACUUUUCUGCACAUAUCUGAUCAGACUAUAAAACUAACAGUUUUGAAAGGAUUAGAGAAUCGUUCUAUUUUUGCUCUUUCAUUUUCUUUUUUCUUGUUUGGUCUAAAAAUCCAUAACCAUAAACUCGGGUAUUCUAAAUCUCUGAUAUUGUGUGAUUGAUUGAUUGCCACUUUCAGCACUAUGGCUAUAUUUUGGUAGCAAAUUUUUAUUGUUAGAGGAAGCCAGAGUGCCUGGAGAGAACAACCUACCUAAGGGAGGAAAACUAACAAUCCAAGUCAAUUAGGAUUGGAGUCAAGAGCAUCUAGGAGUAGAUAUUUUGUAACUGUGAAGUAAUUUAUCUACAACAUAUUUAAAUUUUGUUGUUUUCAUUCAAUAUUGUAAUGCCUAAAAUGUGUGGAAAAAUGUAUAUAUUAUGAAACUAUAUUACUACAGUUAAUUUAAUGAGGGGUUGUUAUUGAAAAUUAAUAAUCAGGGAUUUGAAUUUCAAAUUGUGCUUGAUUUGUAAACCAAACUUUAUAUGAAGUACAUGUAUGAUUAUGCCAAUUGAUUUUAUAUUUUAUAUUUAUUGUUAUUACUGUUAAUUUUUAUAUUAAUGUUUGCAAGAUUGACAAAAUACAUUUAAUGAUUAAAUAAUUUACAAAAUA